AUGUUCGGUCUAGUCAGUCCGACGCUCGAGUCGAUGCGAAUCAAGGCGUCAUACUUGAAUGACUUCAGUGCUGCUGCCGUUCUCGCGACGAUAAUAGAGCCGACAGUGGACGACCCGUUCCGAUCGGUGGUGGUUAAGUGGAUGGAGAUCGAUAUACCUGGAGCGUCAAUUGGGUUAGUGCGGAAUCGCGAUUACGUUUAUGUAGAAAGCACGGGAAUCCUCCGCUUGGAGAACGGAGAGCGUGUGGGUUACCACUUGAUGCACUCUGUUGAUUUUCCGCAAACGCAUGGACUACCGAGCAGAAUCCGCGGCAAUAUGUCUCUUUGCGCUAUAUUCCACCAGGAGGGGCCCGAUCGAACAGACUGCCGCGGGACAGGUAUCCUUGAUCCGAGAGGAGAUAUCAUCCGCACGAUGGCUUUGUCAGGGAUGGUGCAUGCCACGAUGGCAGGUCUCAAGUAUUCGUAUUGCGGACAGAUGAAGAAGCUGACGUGGUUGCUGGAGCAGAGGCACGCCGAACUAAGAGAGUACGGUACUCCCGUUUCUAAGCCCGAUUGCGUAACCUGCUCCAAGAUUAUCAAAAGCUCAAGGCUUCGAGGCUUCGGCAGGCCCAACUCUACAUGCAAGUUGUGUUUUGGAUCGUUAUGCGGGUCGUGCAAAUGCGUUUUUGUGUGA